AUGCGUUGUACAGUUCUGAUCGUUUUAGCCGUGUUUUUUAUUAUUCAAGUUUGUUCUAGAAGUUCUAAAGUUAGAAGAAUCAUAGGAGGUGUAGAUGCUGUUGAAGAAGAAUAUCCGUACAUCGUGAGGUUGCAACAUAAACUGAUACUUUCUGGUGUAAUAAUCUUAAUAACAUAUACUCACACGUGCACAUCUGCGGUUUUAACCCCCACUUGGAGUCUAACAGCAGCCCACUGUCUUAUGAUUCCCGCUAGCCAUGGCUUGACAAAUAUCCAUGGCAUUCAAGUGUCAGUCACACUAACACCUCUCAUAAUUUACGGCCCAAUUAGCAAUAUGUCGUCAUUAAAAAUACUUUAUUACGUCAGUCAUCCAGCAUUCGUAAUAGGAAUCGCCCAAGUAUCUAACGACGUAGGUCUAAUAAAGUCAGAAUCCAUACCAAUAAAGAAGUUUGCAAGACUCGGUGGUUUAGAUUAUCUAUCGAUGAUUGGUAACCAAGCUACGCUGACUGGCUAUGGAAGGACAAAUGCUACAAUAGAACAAGAACAUGUAGCUGCCGAUGCUACGACGCUGAUGAAGCCAUUACAGAAGCUAGAUGCAGUAAUGGUGCUUUGUAAAGAUAAUUUUGUCCGUUUAAAUCCAUCUAUAUGCGUGGCACGACGUUGUGGCAUCAUAUCAGCGGCGUGUCCGGGAGACUCCGGGGGACCUUUGCUCCAUGCAUCAGGUAUCAUCGGAGUCAACUCACUUGGUCCAAAAGAACUUCUAUAUUUCUGCGAUUUGAUAGAAACACCUCCGAUCUAUGAUAUUAUAUCGGUAACGCCAGUAAGUCCAUACGUUGAUUGGAUUACUUAUACUAUACAUAAUUCAGAUAAGAAUCACAAAGCUGAUAAUCCCCCGAGAUAG